GAAGUCUGGUUCCGCAUCCACGCACACACAGAGGUGCAUAUUAGGUAAAGCAUGCGACCGGAACCCGACUUCCUGAAUCCGUUACAACCCACCUUAUCAUGGUCUGUGUAGUUCCGUUUGGCUUGAAGGUUGUCUGCUGAGUAGUUCCUUUUUGUAUUCCAUUCAGUAGUGGGACAAUAAAUUCGCUGGAAGAGACUUCAAUUGUGUGGUUAAUCUCAUCAGUUCUGACACAGUUGUACAAAAUGGCGUCACCCGUUAGUGCAGAGGCCAAGUCGAAAAUACACGAGGCGUAUAUGGAUGUACGGAGCGACAGUACUGAAACACGGUGGUGUAUAGCUUCGUAUCCAGAUGACGGUAAAAAGAUUGAUCUAACUGGAAGCGGAACCGACUACAGUGAAUUCCUAGACGCUGCAAAAGAUGACCAGAGGGUGUAUGCCUAUGUCCGGUACCAGACUGGGGAUGAAAUGAGCAAACGAAGCAAGUUUGCUUUCAUUACAUGGAUUGGACCAAAUGUAAAAGCUCUUGCCAAGGCUAAAGUCAGCACGGACAAAAGCUUCGUUAAAAACAUAUUUUCCAAUUUUGGCGUGGAAGUCUUAGCUGACGAAGCAGACGAUCUAGCCGAAGAAAAUGUCUUAACACUUCUAAAAAACGCCGGUGGCGCAAACUACGGAUCUGCCCGAUAGGAUAGAGGGCGGUGUUUCAAGGGCAUUAUUAUUUACUAACUCAUUGAAUAAAACAAUGGAUUUGUCUACAACAUCAGUGACUGAAUGUGCGUGUUUGUAUUUGCAUAUUAUGGUUAUUUGAUGUCGAAGUCAGCAGCCAUGGCUAGCCAUAGCCAGUGCACGACGCUUUACUGUGUAAACAUAUUGUUGGUUAUAGGUUGUUUGUUUGUUUGUUUGUUUGUUUGUUUGUUUGUUUGUUUGUUUGUUUGUUUGUUUGUUUAGAUUCCUACCUUGAAAUUUUGUAAAAUUUUCAUGACGUAAUAAUAGGUGAAACGACGGAAUGAUUUAGAUUAUAUCAUUAAUAUAGCCUAGAACAGACUGUAGCUCGACAUUUCUUCAUCGGCUUUUCCAUAAAAAUAUUUUAAUUCAAAAUAGGUCUUAAAGGGAAGGAACACGAUUGGUAAUCACUCAAAACAAAUAUUAACUU